AGCAACAUCUCCCAAAGUAUCGCGUUGAAGGCUCAAAUCUCGCUGCACAUUUUGAACUGCGUAGCGACCCGGGCAUCGUGAGCUGUGUUGUGCAAGAUAAACGUCAACAUGGACGAUGUUAUAAUUCUCGAAGAAGAGCCAAAUCAAGAAGAAUCUAACGCUUCAGAACCCGUGAAGUCCGAUGCCGAAGAAACAAUUGAAGAAACCCCGAAUGGCGUGAAACCUGAUGCUGACGAAAGUAAGCUCCCCAAAGACAAGCAUGACGGUAAAGAGAAGUCUUCUGGGAGUAGAAGAGGAAGCCGCUUCCAUCCCUACAAAGACAAACAUGGUGGAGAAAAGAAGGGUUCCCAUAGGAACCGGGUGUUCAUCAGCAAUAUCCCAUAUGAUAUGAAGUGGCAGGCAAUUAAAGAUCUAAUGCGUGAGAAAGUUGGUGAGGUUACAUACGUGGAGCUCUUUAAGGAUGCAGAAGGAAAGUCAAGGGGUUGUGGUGUUGUUGAGUUCAGAGAUGAGGAGUUUGUAAAGAAGGCGAUAGAAACUAUGAAUAAACAUGACCUGAGUGGAAGGCCACUCAACAUCAAGGAGGACCCAGAUGGGGAACACGCUCGGCGUGUGUUGCAGCGCAUAGGAGGAAGUCAGCAGGGAGGUCGUGGGCAGGACAUGGGGCCUGGUGGGAUCAACAUCCCAAACUUUAUAGCCAACAACCCCAACAUCCCACAUGACAUCAUCCAUGCACUGCAAGCUGGACGACUGGGCAGCACAGUGUUUGUGGCUAAUCUGGAUUUCAAGGUGGGCUGGAAGAAGUUAAAAGAGGUGUUCGGGAUGGCAGGUGUGGUGAAACGAGCAGAUGUAAAGGAAGAUAAAGAUGGCAAGAGCCGCGGGAUGGGAACAGUGACUUUUGAACAGUCACUGGAGGCUGUGCAGGCCAUCUCCAUGUUCAAUGGACAGAUGCUCUUUGACCGACAGAUGCAUGUCAAAAUGGAUGAGAAAUCUCUUCCCCCUGAUGAUUUCCAUCAAGUAGAGAAAUCUCCUCAGUUACCACGGGGUCUUGGUGGCAUUGGCUUGGGACUCGGGCCAGGAGGGCAGCCUAUAAAUGCCAACCGCCUGAGCAGUGGAGGAGGGGGAGGAGGAGGAGGAAUGGGCUCCAUGGGGCCUGGAGGUAUGGAUGUCCAAGGAUGUGGAGGAAUGAACAGGCUUGGAGGAGGAAUGAGCAGUGGUGGGAGCUAUGGGGGCAUGGAUAACAUGGGCAGCAUGGGCAGUUAUGGAGGGAGAGACAUGGCACCGGUUGGAAGAAUGGGAGACAUGUACAGGUCAGGAAUGGGUGGAAUGGAUCGGGACUUUGGCCACAGUGACAUGCAAAUGAACCGAGGAUUUGGGGAAUCUUUUGGAGGAAUGAGCGGUGGAAUGGGUAACAUGUCGAUGGACCGGAUGGGCUCCAGCUUUGACCGUAUGGGCAUGUCAGGGAUGGACAUGAACCGUGGCUUCGGUGGCUAUGGCGUUGGUGGACAGGGCCACAUGGGUGGAGGCAUGUCAGACAGAGGCUCUGGAUCCAAAGCUGGCUGUCAGAUCUUUGUGCGAAAUCUGUCCUAUGAUUUGACAUGGCAGAAGCUGAAAGAGAAGUUCAGUCACUGCGGCCAGGUAAUGUUUGCGGAGAUCAAGAUGGAGAACGGGAAGUCAAAGGGCUGUGGAACCGUGAGAUUUGACUCUCCCGAGAGUGCUGAGAAGGCCUGCAGGAUGAUGAACGGAACCAAGAUCAAUGGCCGAGAAGUGGACGUCCGCAUCGAUCGCAACGCCUAAAGCUUUCAUAGAAAUCACGCUAACACACUUCCACAUUCAGCCCUCUUUGCCAAUGAUCUUUUGUUUUGUUUUAAAAACACAAUUACUUCAUA